AUGGCGUCGGCGUUGGCGCGGUCCGCGGGGGGGGUUCAGCCCCCGCAGGGAGACGCUCAGCGUGUGCAGGAUCUCCAGCAGCUGCAGCGGGAGUACAGGCACAUGGAGCUUAAUAGACGGGCGUAUGCAGAAGAAAGCCAGCAGCUUCUCCGCAAGCAACAGGCGAACAUGGAGAAGCUGAGGCGUGAGAACAACAGCCUCAAGACGGAGCUGGCCAUGGAGUUUCGUCAGUUCAGGAAACCGGUCGAUUCCAGUUCGGCUGACCGAAUAGCACAGUUGCAAGAACAGGCUGAUCAUUUCCUGGCGUUGAUCGAGACCGAGAAGAGGGCGAUAGACACGGUGGCCGAGCAAACGGGAAUGAUGAAGCACAAGAUUCUGCACCAGCGCAAGAUGAUGGGAGGGGUCAACGCCGCCAUGGAGAACGAGUACAUGGUUCAGAAGCAGGUCAGAAUCUUGGAAAACCGCUUGGACAAGGCUCUUACAAAGUUCAACGAAGCCCUGGCCCACAACAAGACCCUCCGGCAGGAGAUCGAUGACCUCCGACGAGAACGCGUGCUCUUCGACACAAUCUACAAGAAGAUGGAAAGGGAGCUCUCAGACCGCAAGAAGAUGAUGGCCAACGUCAUCGAGCUGAGCAACGUGAAUUAUGAGCAGAGAGACAACUUUCAGAUGGAGAUCGCCGCCGUGGAGCAAGCAAACCGGCGAGAGCAAGACGACUUCGAGAACCAGAUGCUCGAGCUAGGCCGACAGAUGGAAGCGGAGCUGCACACGGGGGCACUCGGCGCCCCCGCUCCCACCACCUCGGCAGCCUUGGGGAUGGGUAGGGGCAAAGGCGCCAGGGCAGGGACAGCGGGUGCUACAGCGACGGGGUUGGGAGGAGCAGGAGGAACCGGAUUUCGGGCUGGAGCUGGGGCAGAGACAGGGGACUCAGGGAAGCACCACGCAGGGCUCUUAAGCGAGACGGAGGAGUCACGAUCGAGAACUCGCGGGGCAAAGACAAGCGGAGCGGUAUUGGCCAACAAGACCGACGCGCAGGCAUCCCUAGAGCGGAUACAAAACUUCGAGGAGGCGUUUGCGAGGAUCAGAUCUGCCACCGGAAUAGAGGACAUAGAAGAGCUGGUUCGAACGUUCGUGAAGAACGAGGAUCAGAAUUUCUCCCUCUUCAACUACGUGAACGAGCAGCAGAACGAAGUGGAGAAGCUGGAGGAGCAGCUGCACCAGCUCCAAGAGGAGGAACAGAAGUUCACCCAGGAAUCUGGCAGCGACGUCCACCAGCACAAGCAGGCGCUCAAGGACCUGGAGGCAAAGCUAGUGCACACGGAAGCUGCUUCCGAAAAGUACGAGGUACGCUGUUCGGAGGCAAGCCUGACGAUAGACGCCCUCAAGGACGGAGUGCAGAACCUAUUCGGCCGCGUGUUCGGGGGCGAGGCUUUGCCGGAGACGGUGAGCGGCGGCAGCGUGACCGACUCCAACAUGAUGACCUUCCUGGGGAUGAUCGAAGAGAAGACCAACAGUCUCUUGCAGGCGUUCGCCCGCGCAAAAGAGAGAGAGAAAGUCAGAGCAAACGCCGCGGCCGCCUUGAUGGCCAGCGGAAGCGAGCACGGUGGAGGAGAGGACGAUCUGGGUAUGGGGAGGACAUUGGCGGUGGGCGGCGGGAACGGGGGUGGAGGGGCCGCGGUGGCGACGGUCUUAGGGCAUGGCCCUCAGACGCCCAUGCGCCAAGAAUUGAUCCACGUGAACCCUCCAAAGCUUGAGGACUUCUCCUCCUCAGAGGAAAGUGGGAGCGAUGACGACGAUGCACGCCCGUUGACCAGGGACGAGCUCAAGGGUCGCACGCUUAACAAGAUUCAGAGAAAAAAUGCCAGGGAGGGGGGUGGCAGGGGCAAGGGGAGGGGGGGAAGGGGGAAGUGA